AUGAUAUCCUCAACCGCAACUUCCCGCGCAUGCUUAUGUUUUCUUGUUGGCUUUGGUCUCAGUUCUGCAGUUGUCUUUGAGAGCCGUAAUAUUUCUCCGAAGCAGUCGUCAAAACUGAAAAGCGAAUAUGAUAUACAUUUUUACUUAUACACUGCUAAAGGAUGGGACUAUGAAACCAUAGAUGAAUCAAUCUUAGAGAUUAAUCUCGAUUACUUGGAAGAAAAUGGGUACAAGCCUGACAACUCAUCGGCUAGGGACACCAUAUUUUUAUAUCCCGACUUUGCUUUUACCACGACUGAGGUCAUCAACAAUAGGAGUUUGGCUGCGUUGCUGUCGCAAAGAGUUCCCGCCGUUGGCAAUGAAACUGUUCCUUGCAUCAUUGCCAGUUCUGACCCAAAGGAUUUGGUUGUAAAAAGGCUUUCCUGUUUAGCAAGGAGCAAGUACAUUUACCUUGUGGCGGGUUUAUUAGAGGGUGUGCCAUGUUCCGAAGGCGAACCAUGCAGAGAUGAUGGACUCAAGAUUUACAGCACAGCCGUCGUGUUCGACAAACAGGGCUUUUUAAUCGCAAAGUAUCGAAAGUACAACUUGAUUUAUGAGGAAGCUUUCGAUAAACCGUCAACUCUGGAGCCUGCCACGUUUAAAACUGAAAGCGGCAUAACACAGGGGAUUUUCAUGAGCAAUGAUUUGCUUUUUGCAGAACCAACCAGAAUUUAUCUUGCGAAUGGUGUGCGCCGUUUUGUUAACCUUGGAGCAAUGGUUAAUACCAUGCCGUUUGGAUUUUGCCUAACAGUACAAUGGGGUUGGCAUUUCGCAAAUUUGGACAAAGAAAUCACGUUAGUUUCCGCCAACUACUUUAACUCGAUGAUUGGCUAUACAGGAAAAGGUAUUAUAAGUUCGUCAGGGGGUUAUAGUAUGAGCUACAGCUAUGGCGCUGGUCAUCUCGACAUCUCGCGAGCCUUUGUGGGUCAAUAUGGAAAAGCCGUCCAAGAGGAGUCCAAAGCUGAACCUCCAAUCAUUUCUGAAGAAACCGACUUUACGAAUUACACCUCUGUGCCAGUUCCACACAGUAGUGUGGUCGUCAAUGAGGUUUCGGUGUGUCACGGCGAGAACGGAUUUUGCUGCACCCUCACUUACAGAAUGAUUAGAAGCGCGGACGAAAUGUUUUACCAGUUAGUUGCCUUUGAUGGAAACAGAACAGCUCGAGAUGGCUCACUUCUGUUCCCAGAACAAAUCUGCGGUCUGGUGGCAUGCUCCUCCACGGACAAAAUGUCUUGCAGUGCCUCUUUGGACGCGACGAAUUACACCGAAGAGGUCAGCUUUUCAGUGCUCGCACUUAAAGGCAGUUUCUCAUCAGACAAAGUCAUGCCUAUCACAUUGGAGGGCAGUAGUUAUUUUCCAAUGACCUAUAUAAACAUGACUGUGCUUCCAAAAGGAAACAGGUACGAAGUGAAUAUGGUCUCAGACGGAGGAAUGCAACAAAUGAAAACGUUUGCGAUAUCAUCAACUGACUUCACUGCGAAAAGUGGUGCAAAUCUUUCUUCUACAUCCGUGAUUUUUGCUGUGAUACCGCUUUCACUUUACGUUUUAUCUUCAUUGCUCUUAUAA